UCUAUCCCCCCCCCCCUUGAAAAAUAGACCGGUUCACGUAUCUCUUCGUGUCUAUACGAAACCACGCUUACAUUCAUAUUGGCGUUGGCGUGGGGAAGCCUAUGACCUGGCAUUGAAUAGUCUGUAUAAAUUUGACUGAUUACUGACCCAUAUCAGGCUCAGUUUCGCAAUAUUAGGACAGUUGCACCCUUAACAAAGGCUUCACAUCUAUUGACAACAAUAUCCUUAUUGUUCUUGCUGAACAACUUACUGACAUCUGAAUGACUGAGGUUUCAGAGCAAAAAGAGAAAGUGAUGGCUGAAGAAGAUGGAUUUGUAGUGCGUUUGAGGGGAUUGCCAUGGGCAGUCACUGAUGAAGACAUCCUUAAAUUUUUUGAGGAUUCAAACAUUGUUGGUGGUGCUGCUGGGAUUCACAUGACUUACACCAGGGAGGGAAGGCCCACUGGUGAAGGUUACCUAGAGUUGACUAGUGAGGAAGAUGUUGAAAGAGCUCUGACAAAACACAAUGAACAUCUUGGUCCUCGUUACAUUGAAGUUUUCCGGUCCAAACGAUCUGAAAUGGAAUGGAUGGUAAAACGAUCUGGCCCACCGAACGCGGCGGCCCCGUCAUCUGAUGAUGAUUGUUUUGUCCGUUUGCGUGGACUACCAUUUGGUUGUUCCAAGGAGGAGAUUGCUCAGUUCUUCACUGGGUUGGAGAUAGUGCCAAACGGAAUAACUCUACCUACGGACUAUUCUGGGAGGAGCACGGGCGAAGCGUAUAUUCAGUUUGCAACUUCUGCUCUAGCUGAGAGGGCUCUAGAGAAACACAAGGAAAAGAUCGGGCACAGGUAUAUUGAGAUAUUCCGCAGUAGUUUGAGUGAAGCCCGUGCCGCUCUUGCCAGCGUUCCUCGCGGUGGAGGAGGUGGCGGAGGCCGUGGAGGCGGAUCGCAUGAAGGACGUUAUGGCGGAGGAGGUGGAGACAGGUACGGAGGUGGCCGACCCAGUCCUUAUGACAGGAACGUGGACCGUUUUGGCGGUGGUGGUCCAGGUCAGAUGCGUCAUGGAGGAGGAGGAGGGCACAUGAGACGGAGAGGCUAUUAUGGAAAUUUUACAGAAGAGCCCUACAUGCGUGGUGGGGAUUGGGGCAACGGAGGUGGGCCACCUCGAUACAUGGAGCAAAACUUUGAGCGGCCACGUACACUGAAAACCUUGUACGGCGAUGAAGGAUCUGGACACAGAAUCCACAUGCGUGGAUUGCCCUUCAGGGCGUCUGAGGAUGAUAUUGCAGAAUUUUUCCAUCCGCUGCAUCCGGUCGCUAUCCAUAUAGGCUACGAACAAGGCCGCGCUUCGGGUGAAGCUGAUGUCGAAUUUGCGACUCAUGAAGACGCUGUCCGGGCCAUGAGCAGAGAUAAAUGUAACAUGCAGCAUCGUUACAUUGAACUGUUCCUGAAUUCGACAGCCGGUCCUGCCGGCUACGGACCACCAUACGGAGGAGGUUACGACAAUUGAUUGUCCUAUUUUUGGUCAAGUAAACCCCUUUCGUUCUAUCCACAUGCAUACACAAUUUGAAUUUUGAUUUCGUCGGUUUAAUCUAUUUGUCCCUUCCCUAUUUUUCAUAUAAACAUUGUGGCUCAGUCGUUUGUACGCAUUCCGUCUAAGUAAUACACACUCACCACAUUUAACGUAAA